GCGGGCGCCAUGGCCGCGGGUGGGAGCUCUGCGUCCCGCCGCCCGGCCGGGGGGAGGUUUCUGCGAUAAAAUCUGUGUAAAACCCUUUGGUCCGCGAGCACGACGCCGCCGCGAGCUCCGAGCCAAGAUGCUGAGCUUCUUCCGCCGGACGCUGGGGCGCCGCUCCAUGCGCAGGCAUGCGGAGCGGGAGCGGCUGCGUGAAGCCCAGAGGGCUGCCACCCACAUCCCGGCAGCUGGAGAUGCCAGGUCGGUCAUCACCUGCCGUGUGGCUCUGCUGGAUGGCACCGACGUCAGCGUGGAUCUGCCGAAAAAAGCCAAAGGCCAGCUCCUGUUUGAGCAGAUCAUGUAUCAUCUGGACCUUAUAGAAAGCGACUAUUUUGGAUUAAGGUUCAUGGAUUCUGCACAAGUGGCGCACUGGUUGGACAACACAAAAAGCAUCAAAAAGCAAGUUAAAAUCGGCCCGCCAUACUGUCUGCAUUUUCGUGUCAAGUUUUACUCGUCAGAGCCCAACAAUCUGCGUGAGGAGCUAACAAGGUAUUUAUUUGUUCUGCAGCUAAAACUGGAUAUUCUGAGUGGAAAGUUGGAAUGUCCUUUUGACACAGCCGUCCAGUUGGCAGCUUAUAAUAUGCAAGCUGAACUUGGAGACUACGAUCCUGCUGAGCAUGUCCCUGAGCUGGUAUCUGAGUUCAGAUUUGUGCCUACUCAGACUGAGGAGAUGGAGCUGGCCAUCUUCGAGAAGUGGAAGGAAUGCAGGGGGCAAACACCAGCACAGGCUGAAACUAACUACUUAAACAAAGCUAAGUGGCUGGAAAUGUAUGGUGUAGACAUGCACAUAGUCAAGGCAAGGGAUGGCAAUGAUUACAGCCUGGGACUAACCCCUACAGGAGUUCUUGUCUUUGAAGGAGACACAAAGAUUGGUUUGUUUUUCUGGCCAAAGAUAACAAGACUUGACUUCAAGAAGAACAAACUCACUCUUGUUGUUGUUGAAGAUGAUGAACAGGGGAAGGAGCAGGAGCAUACUUUUGUCUUUAGACUGGAUCACCCCAAGGCUUGCAAACACUUAUGGAAAUGUGCAGUGGAACAUCACGCCUUCUUCCGGCUCCGAGGUCCUGUCCAAAAAAGCUCAAGCAGAUCAGGCUUCAUUCGGCUGGGCUCCCGGUUCCGUUACAGUGGGAAAACAGAAUACCAAACCACCAAGACCAACAAAGCCCGGAGAUCAGCAUCCUUUGAAAGGAGGCCCAGCAAAAGAUACUCAAGACGGACACUACAAAUGAAAGCACAUGUUGCUAAACUUGAAGAAACGAGUUUCCCAAACAGUGCUGUUAUUACUCAGACCAAUGGAUCACAAAGUUGGAAUGUGAAGCCAAACUUACCUGUCCUAACAGCAGCAGUUCCUUCUGCCCCAGUCCUAGUGGAAAUAGAGAACCUCCCAAGGAGCCCAGGAGGCAGCCAGCAGGACAAGAAGUGCAUACCCCUUGUUGAUAUCCUCGACAGUGUGGAUUUGCCAGAGACCUGUGUGGAUGAUGCUGUAGGCAGUCCUGUCGUUGCCCUGGUAACAGGAGAUUCAAGAGAGGCUGUGGGCUGCCCUCAUCUUGGCACUAAGGAAGCUGCAGUUGAGAAAACAGACUCUGACCCUUUUGAAGAUGCAUUCCUAAAACUGAAGCAGCUGGAGGCAGAGUGUGGCAGCCCCGUGCCCACUGAGUGUCCCAACAUAAACAUCAACGUGCAGGAUGAAGUGGUGAAGCUCACAGAUAAAUGUCUUAACAAUGCAAUGGAGAGCCCGAUAGCAGCAGCAACAUGGCUUCCAGCUGACAUGAAAAGCAAUAUCCUGAAGGCCCAGGUGGAAGCAGGGCACAAGGCUGUAAGAGAAGACAGCCUGACAGGUAACAAGAAUUCCAACAUUCAGGAUGCUGCUUCCAGGAACAUCCUCCCAUCAGGGAAAACCCAGAGCAGUCCCUCAGCAAGCAGUCCAGUAUUUCAAAACAACCUGAAAACAACCCCUGCCUCAAACACAUUCAUUCCUAAUGCAUUAAAUGAGGAUAAUGCUGCCUCUAACCAUGAAGAGUUGCUGAUUCCAGCUAAUCUUGCUCCAGCUGAGGAGGCUGCUGUUUCAAAGAGCGCUCCAGAUGACCAGGACGUUUUCCUAUCAUCAUUGACAGAGAAUCUAAUUGACUUUACAGAAGCAACACCUCGGGUGUCUUCCCAGCCCACAAUAACACCGAGGUGGUUAGUGCCAACUGGACUGAUGUCCAACGGGCCUUUGGGAAAUGAUGUUGCCUUAUCUCUGAAAGCAGUGAAAGGCAGCGCAGAGGCUCUGUUGUCAUCAGCUGGAUUGCCACCGUGCCAGCAGACAGCUGAAGUCCUUGCAAGCCCAGUCGCUGAGGAUGCUACACUAAGGACAAAAUGUUUACUCACCACUGAACUGUAGAAGAUGGAGCUUCUGUACUUCCCACCUAGUAAAAACUCAAACUCAAAUCUUCUGACAUCUACAAGGAAUCCUUCUGAAAGACUUGCUUGGGAUGAAGCUUUUACUGAAUGGGAGUGAGACAGCAGCUGGUUUGCUAGAAUCCAGGAAGAGACUUUCACAUUUAUUGCAAUCUAACUGGAAUUACAGUCUGAGCCGAAAUGUAAAACCACAUGGAAGUUUGAUCUUCUCCCUCAAGAGAAGUGAAGUAUCACACUGGAGCUAAUUCUGAACAUGAGGAACAAAAUGUAGUUGUGUUCCACUCACACUUGGUUUAGUCUCAUGCCUCUCAAAUGUUACGGGCAAGUGAUCACUGUGAUGUUAGCUCUGCAGUAUUUGAACACGUCCCUGUCCUUUGUAGAGUAAUAUUGGGAAGAUUAGGAGAACUUGUAGGGCCACCUUGUGGCCACACUGUGUAUGGUGGCUCACAGUGGCAAUGACUGUUUCAUGUGGCCAAGAUCAUUUUCUUCUGUGUGAUUAGUCACUCUGAGUUUCCUUUGUUUUACUGCCACACAUGCUCCUUUUGGCCUUAAAGCCCUUGGUAAUCUUUGCACCUCUUCUUACAGGACAAACUAUUGUGACAAACUACUUUGACUGGAUUUGAGCUGCUCAUUGCAAUCAGGAAAGUUAGCCUGCCAAACCUUUUACAGCAUUAGCAGAUUGCAGCAGAGGUCCCACAUUUUGACACUGGUUAUUUCAUUUCCUCUGUGACUCAAAUACAGAUGUGUACUUAGGCUAUAGGUGUAUUUUUUUGUUUUCAGCAUUGAAGUAGCGAAGUUGUGAGUACAGCUUACUUCAGGAGCUGCUUUUUGGUUAGUUCUGUUGUCGUUCAGGGCUAGGAAGGACAAGAUUUUCAUUUUUUCUAUUCACAUUGUUGCUAGGUGUUGGUUUGAGGUCCUGUGCUUUGGAGAAUACUUAACACGCAGCAUAAGGCAUGAGGGUACAACUGGGUCAGUUCUUAAUACCACCUUGAAUCCUGUUCCAAUAGCGUGUGGAACAAAAUACAGAGUAAGGUGAAAAUGGGGAAAAGAGAUGAAACAUUCCCAAAAGCACUUCACCUGCUUCUAGGAGAAAGGUAGGAGCACUUGCAAGAGCGUGCUCUGCAGUGCUGGUAAAGACCUUUUAGUGCUCAGGUAAAGUACAGGAUACAGCACAUACAAUUUGAAGAGUGUCCUGGGCUUCAGGAUCCCUGUGUAGAGGUGAGAACAUGGACCCUGGGAAUAUAUCCUGUGAAAAUACCAGUGCAGAGUCAGAGGAAGAAGUGUAGAAGCCCAGUGAUGAAUUCCACAUCUCCAAACAGGGAAGCACAGUUGAAGCUACUGGGAUCCUUCUCAGGAAGAGGUCUGUACGUAUGAGUGGGCUUGGAGGAUGUUUUCUGCACAGCGCUGCUCUUUAUAACAAUUUAUAUCCAUGGGGUUCUUAGGAACAAUUUUGAAUGUGGAAGUGAGUUAGAAACCUGUAUGCACAACUUUCUUUGUGCGUGCCUGCUGCGUGAGCGUAACUCCAUGUGGACAAAGAGUUGGACCAAACCGCUGUGGGCUGUGCAAGGUAAGCUGGUGUCCUGUUAGGCUGCUGCUUUCAGAUUAGGGUAUGUCUUGGGUGUUCUCAUGGCUGUUCUCAUUAUUUUUUAUAAGAUGCUGACUGAGAGUUUUAAGGAAGAAACCACUUGGCAUUACACAGCCCACUGCCACUCCUCAAAACCUCAGAGGCCUUAACAGAAAAACAUAGGGACUAUUGGAAGCGAUUCUGACUGACAUAUGCUACAGAGAGUGAUCUGCAGCCUUUGCCUAUGUAACCUACAGUUGAAAUGGAUGGCAGGAGCUUCAGGCACACUUCCUCACUCACAUCACUGCCAGCCAAAGGGGAGCUGCUCUUUGGGCCUAAGUGGUGCACUUCUGCUGGCCAGCAUUUACCUCCCAUCAUUGCUUCCAGCAGAGUAUUGGCUUUUUUAUAUUUUAAAUCUGAGCUUUAUUACAUAUUAAAACAUGAAAGAUACCCGAUUCAAAUAUCAAACGUCUUAGUGUGGAUUAACAGAGUUGCCAGAAAAGUUCCUGCAGCAAAAAAGGGAAGCUAUGGCUGCGACAGUCUGCUUCCUGCACAAAGCCAGGACUGUGUGGGGAAACUUGGCACUCACUAUCGAUCUGUUUGCUCAGCAGCUGAGCUGGCAUUCACCAACUACAUGUGUUGGUUUUGUAAAUAGACAGAAUGCAGAAGCAUUUUCUUUAAGGCAUGUUUGAUAUUUGACUCUUCCCAUUGGGUUCAGGAGCUCUGUGAACUGUUAGCUUGAGUUUCUCCCAGAAGUAAAAUAACAGAAGUUUACACUUUUAAAGUACUGAGUGUUAAAUAAUUAGAUUCCUUCUGGGAAAUCACAUACAGGGAAAAAAAAAAACAAGAAAAAAAAAAACCCACAACCCUAAAAACAAGUAAGGAACACAUGGUGAAUGUGGCCUCCUAAAAUCUAAAUGGUUCCAAGUCCCAGUUGUUACACUGCCAGUGUGGCUGGGCUGGUGGUGAUGGAGGGAAUGUUGCAUUUAAACUCCCACAUGGGAGAAUUUCGUAGAGGCAAGGUUUUCCUCCACUUCCAGUAGCCAAAUACUUGAAAUUUUGCUUAAAAAUUCAAAGUUUUCAGCUUCUGUGUUAGAGAUCUGCAAUUUCCAGUAGAAUUGAGGCUGCAAACCUAGCUCUUCCCAGCAGUGUCCUGGUAGCUGAAGGAAAUGCACAGUCCAUUUAACUCAUCGUAGCUUAUUUAGCUAUUCCAUUUGUUUGUAUGGGGAGCCUGAAGAGACUGAGACACCACAGUUAUGUGAUCUGAACAGGCACAUAGUCCAGUGUCUGAAGGUCCUGUAGCUUUGCAUCACUGGUUUGCUUGAAAACUACAGGCCUCGUGUUGUGCUGUGACUGGCUAUCAGGUAACGUAGCAUUAUUUAUCACUUGUGCUUUAUCAAAUGUAAGUAGACACAUGGUUCUUGCAGUUAAUGCUGUAGAGUAUCAAUGAGUCUCAGUAUGCUACUGAGAAGGAGGAGUUUUCCUAACAUGGCUGUUCUAUUGGUUGAUUGGCUGGAAGGUGCAGUCACCCUCUAAAAGGUUUAUUUUAUUUGUAUGUGUUCAAAGAAAUUGAUAAAUGAAACUUCAGUGUUAAUCUGAUGUUGGGAUGCUGGCAGAUCUGCUGACCACUUAAAAGCUUUGAGAGCUGAAAGGAAUGAAGAAAUACAGCUACAUGCUGUGUUGCAGUCAUUUGGAAAAGGCCAGAUCCCUUAAAAAAUUAUAUGUACGUAUAUAUAUAUAUAUAUAUAUAUAUAUAUAUAUAUAUAUAUAUACAUAUAUAUAUAUAUAUAUAUAAUUUUUCAGGUUGGAAUGCACUCCAGUUUAAACUGCAGUUCCAUGCAGAGCUUGUCAGAGACAGCCAGCUGUACCAGAGGUAUGUUUUGGACAACUCUUUGGUCACAACCUGGCUGCACGCAAUGAGGGUCUCAGGUGAAAGGUUUGGUUCCAUUUGGGUCUUCCCACAUGCUGUUUUCAGCCCAUGCACCCAAUUCUUGCUUUUGUUUCUCAAAGCAAAGCCAUACUGUUCAGAUCUGCCACAAACUGCACUGGAUGUAUUUUCCACAUUGUGAAUGUGUUCUGGGACAACCUGAAUCUCCCACAGGGGAAGCGCAGAGUGUUUGUUAGUUAGAGAGCAGCGGUAAAAUUACGUAGCUAUUAGAUGCAUUAAUGUCACAGCUAGACAAUCGUAGCUUUUAUACCAAAAAAGCAGAACUCCAUGCUAAUGGCCUUCCAGCGAUGCAGGUGUAAUAUCCACGUCCAAGAGUCAGCACUACAGAAGGAACGGGCUGUGCCCAUCUGCUGGGACGAGGGGUGGGCAUUGCUCCCUGUGCUGUGUCACAGCAGGGAGCCACGGGGCUUCUCCUGCUAAGUGCACCUCUCUUGUAUUGUUGGGCUUGAGCACUUUGCUUCCUAAACACACACACGCCCCUUCCUAUAACUGGAGAAACCUAUUUUUGAAGUACGUAAGAGUAUUUUUUUAGCUAGAUUUUUUUUGUUAAAGCCACACUAACUACUGUAUUUUUACCUUUUUAUAUGAGAAGCUCGGCGGUAGCUCUCAGUGUAUAAUUUAUUUGGAUUUUUUUAUAAAACAAAGUGCACCCUCUUGCUUCUGUUUCACAGUAGUGACGUAUGAGCGGCUUUGGGCACUGCACUGCCAUCUUUAUAGAAACUGUACACGGGAACGAGGGACUGUGGUUUGUAGUCCGCAACCCGAUCUCAAAAUGUUUAUGCUGUAGUUGUGUCUGAAAUACACCACGUCCGUGCAAAUGUCUUGUGGAGUCAUUCUUCAGCACUUCCAGGCUCUAUGGUGGCAGGCAGGAGGGUGGCUGAGACCUGGGACAGGAGUGGGUCACUGGGGCUGGCAGUGCUGCUCCCUGAGCUCAGAGCCCCAGGUAUGUGGCCAACAAAAGCUUUGCCACUGAUUGAAGUGUAAGAUAACAUGUACACUUGGUAAAGAGUUAAGUGGUGCGUUUUCAAGUGAGAUGAGAUUUUCCAAGGAGACAGUAGGGUGUGUUGAAAAUGAGCCCAGGGUGUGGUGCCCAGGAGGAGGGUUGGAAGGGCCGCAUGUAGUUCCACAAAGUGCAGUCAGAAGCGGUGCCACCUGGCUUUUAUUUUCAGUGUUCAGGGGAUGGUGUUACGCUUCCAAGUACAGCGGUGCUGCUCAUGGGUUAAAGGAAACUUUAUUUCUACUUAAGGCAGCAGAGGACAUCCAAGCCAUCAGAUCAUCUUAAUUUCUCAAUGACGUAUCACAAGGAAGUAAUUUCACUCAGGGUGGUGGCGCACUGGAACAGGUUGCCCAAGAAUGUGGUGGAUGCCCCAUCCCUGGAGGCAUUCAAGGCCAGGCUGGAUGUGUCCCAGGGCAGCCAGGUCUGGUGAUUGGUGACCCUGCACAUAGCAGGGGGAUUGAAUUAGAUGAUCAUUGUGGUCCUUUUCAACCCAGGCCAUUCCAUGAUUCUGUGAAGUGAAAUAGUUCCAACUUAAUAGCUAAGCUCCUAGAAAGUCAUUUCCCUUGUGGCAUGUUUUCUGUGUAGGUCAAACUUAAGAUCCCACUGGUAAGUGACUCAAUGGUUCUUCAAAUGCAUUUAUAAGAAAAUAUAUUGAAAAUAGAUGGGCUUUUUUUUUUUAAUUUGAAAGCCACCCUGUUUAUUGUGUCUAUAUUUUAAGAGAAAAUCCUCUUUCUGAUGUUCAGAAAGCAAGCAGUAAUUAAAGACAGUGAGUUUGAGAUAAUUAAGGCUGAUGGAAUUGUUCUCUUGUGAUACAUGGUUUGCAAACUUCCCUUUUUCAGAGACACUUCGAACAACUCACUUCAGUGACAGCCCCUCUGCUCCGCUUCCAGCCAAAAAUCAGUGCUGGUUUGUUACUAAGUAGCUGCCAUCAGCUGGACUAAUUCCAUUCAUUAUUUCAUGCAGGCCACCUCCGAGCAUUCAGAUGGCUGUAGCUUUUAGUCACUGGCUUGGGCCCAGGAUGAAUUCUCACGAACUGCUGCAGGCAUGGAGAAAAAGCAGAAGCACAUUCACAAAGCCUCUGCUGUUCCUCUACAUCAAAUAACAAAUGUACUGCACCAGGAAAGCAGGAGUGGAACUACCUGGGGUGAUGGGAACACUGCUGGGCAUAGUUGGUGGCACUGAGUUCUGAAACAGGACAUCUCAGGGAGUAUCAGACCAUGGUAUGAGCAAGGAUUAUGUGCGUGGGUCCUGGAUACCGCGUGCAGGUUUGGGAUAGGGCCUGAAAUACAAGUGCUGCGUGACCAGCAAGACUGAGGUGCCAGGCAGAGGAAUGCUCGUGCUGCAGAGGGGCUGUGGGGUGCAGUCCCUUUCCAUCUCAGCUCCAUCCCAAGCUCU